AUGGAUGGUACCCAUAUAAAUUACAUGAAUUAUGACAAAACAAAAAAUAUAAUUUACGAAGAAAAUCAAAAAGAAAAAACACAACAUCAAAAUGGUGAAGGAAAUAAAAAUAAAACAGCAAAAGAAUAUAUUAUUUGGAAGGAAAAAAGAUCUACCCCAAAAAAAAUUAAAAAUAAUAUCCCUAACAUAAAUAAAGAAGAUUUAAGAAUGGAUAUGAAAGUUACAAAUUUUAAAAAAGAAAGUUUGGAAAAAAUCGAGCCAAUUGGGUAUAUUGAAUUGGCGAAAAAAAAAAGUGAAAAAAUAAGUGAAAAAAAAAGUAACAAAAAAAUAUUUCCCAACCAAUCUUAUAAUGAUAUUAAUUAUAAUGACAAAAAAAGAAAACAGUCCCUUUUAUUGGAAGAAAAUGAAAAUGAAAAUAUUGAGCAUUAUGAUAUAAUGUCAAGUAGUGAUACUAUAUUAUCAUCAGACAGUAGCUUAGAAAAUAUGUACGAAAAAAAUUAUAAUCAUUUUAUGCACAAUAAAAAUAGUGUAGAUAAUUUGGACAAUUCCCCUUCAAAUUCGAGAAAUAAAUUUCCAUCAAAAAAUGGAACUAAAAAGGCAAUUAAAAUCAAUAAGAGUAAUAAUGGUCAAAAUAUAAGAAACUUUACGAGCAUCCGAAGUAAAAGUUGUGGAUGUUGUAAUAAAUUUUUAUUAAGUAGUGAAGAAAAAAAUAAUAGUGACAGUACAUGUCAAAAAGUAAGAUUCUUAGCUGGUAAAAAAAUGAAAAAUAGAAAUAAUUGUUAUCCUGAUAAAGAUCAUAAAAAAUGUAAACAAAUCCCAUUUGUUUGUAAAUUUGUAAAUUGUAAUAUAAAAAAUGAAGAAAUUCAAAUUAACUCAAACACAAAUAUAAUUGAUUUUAAUCCAUUAACAUAUAUAGCUAAUCAAUAUAUGGAAAAUAGCUAUGACUAUGUUGUAAGAAAUUAUGAAGGUCACCAAAAAAAUUAUACACCUUAUUCUUAUAAUAUGUCUAGCGAACUUAUUUAUGAUAGUAAAAAUAAAAUUUAUAAACAAGCCAAUACAAACUCUUACUUACUUAAUAGGUUUCCUACAAAAAAUGAAAAAUUUGAUUGUAUAAAAAAUAAUAGGAUGAUGGAAUAUAGUAACAAUUUAAAAAAUCGAAAUAUAAUGAACAGGUUAAAUAUUAAAGAGAAAAAAGACAUGAAAAAAAAAAUAAAUAUGAUUCCUACUAGAACAAAUGACUAUAUUAAUAAUAUCAGUAAUUCAAAUAUUACAACUUUUAUAAAAUAUGGACCCAAAAAAUAUAUUACAAAUCUAGAUUUAUAUAAAGAUACCGAAUUAAAUAAUGAGAGACAUGAUAUUAAAAAUAAUUUUCAAUUAAAAAAUGAAUAUAAAAAUUACUUAAAUAAUUUAAUUUGUUAUAUUCCUAAACAUAAUAAAAAUAUAUUUUAUAAAAAAAAAAAUUUCAAAAAAAAUAAAGUAUAUAAAAAAAGUUUAUUUGAAGAUAUAUUUAAAAAAAUUAAGUUGUUAAGUUAUGCAAUAUUUUUCUGCUUUUUUAUUAGUAGUAAAAAUAGAUCAAUCAAAGAACAAAAAAAGAAACAGCCAUUAUAA